AUGGGUGCUCCUAAGCAGAAAUGGACAUCAGAAGAGGAAGCGGCACUCAAAGCUGGAGUUGUCAAGCAUGGGGUGGGUAAAUGGCGUACAAUACUUAAGGAUCCUGAGUUUAACUGUGUCUUAUUUCUGCGCUCAAAUGUCGAUCUCAAGGAUAAAUGGAGAAAUUUAAGUGUGAUGGCAAAUGGAUGGACCUCCAGGGAGAAGUCUAAGGUGGCAAUCAAAAGGGUGCAUCAUUAUGGAACAAAACAAGAUGAAAACUCUAUGGCUAUCAUUCUUGCUAGUCCAAGUGACGAUGAAAUUGUUGAUGUUAAGCCCCUUCAAGUUUCAAGGGAUAUGCUCCAGAUUACUGGUCCAAAAAAGUCUAUUGAAAGAUUCAGAUUGGAUAACCUUAUCAUGGAAGCUAUAUCUAGCUUGAAUGAGCUUGGUGGUUCUAAUAAAACAACAAUUGCUUCUUUUAUAUUGGACCAUUAUUAUCCACCGGCAGACUUCAAAAAUCUAUUGUCAGCAAAACUGAAGUAUCUUGCUUCUAGUGGAAAACUGAUCAAGGUUAAACGUAGGUAUAGGAUUGCACCUACUCCAGCAUACUCUGACAGAGGAAGACACCCACACAUGUUAUCAUGGGAAGGGAAGCAGAAAGGCUCUAUGAAAUUUGACAUUGAUGAUACCAAUAUGCCUACACAGUCUGAGAUAGAUUAUGAGUUAGAAAAGCUAAGGUCCAUGUCUGCAGAAGAGGCAGCUGCAGUUGCUGCUCGAGCAGUUGCUGACGCGGAAGCUGCCAUAGCAGAAGCUGAAGAGGCGACAAGGGAGGCAGAGGCUGCAGAAGCAGAUGCAGAUGUAGCGCAGGCUUAUGCAGAUGCUGCAAUGAAAUCAGUGAAGGGGAAGAAAAAUACCCCAAAGACGAUGAUCCCUGCUUGA